AUGAGCGGCCCUGCUGCCUUCACAGACCCGACCCCCCGACCGGGCCCCGCGGCCAACCGCACGCCCGUGCUGGAGUUUGUGCUCUCGGGGCUCACCGAUGUGCGGGCGCUCCAGCUCCUCCUCUUUGCUGUGCUCCUGGUCACCUACGUGCUGACCCUCCUGGGGAACCUGCUCAUCCUCACCUUGACCCUGGCCGACCGCCGCCUGGCCACCCCGAUGUACGACUUCCUGCGGCACUGCUCGCUGCUGGAGGUGGGCUUCACCUCCACCGUCACCCCCCAGGUGCUGGUCCACCUCCUCACUGGACGCGGGACCAUCUCCCGAGCCAGAUGCUUCGUCCAGACGGGGCUCUACUUCAUCCUGGGCCCCGCAGAGACACUGCUGCUGAAGGUGAUGUCCGUGGACCGCUACCUGGCCAUCUGUCGGCCGCUGCGGUACCCGGCCCUCGUGAGCGCGCGGCUCUGCCCCGUCCUCGUGCUGGCCUGCUGGGGGGGCAGCUUCCUCUUCCUCACGGCGCCCUGCGUCUGGAUGUUCUCCCUCCCCUUCUGUGGCCCCAACGUCCUCGAUCACUUCUUCUGCGACACCACGCCCUCGCUGGAGCUGGUGUGUGCAGACACCAGGCCCCUGCAGCUGGUGUCCUUCCUGGUGGCCGUGUGCGCCCUGGCCGGCGCUUUGGCGGUGACCAGCGUGUCCGACGGCUGCAUCACUGGCACCGUCCUGCACCUGCCUUCAUCAGGGGGCCACGGCAAGGCCUUCUCCACCUGCUCCUCCCACAUCCUGGUGGUCUCCCUCAGCUGCGGGAGCUGCCCCCUCAUGUACCUGAGACCCAGGCAGACAGGGCGGCUGGAGCUCAACAAAGCGGUCGCUUUCUUCAGCACCAUCGUGUCACCCCUGCUGAGCCCCUUCGUCUACUGCCUGAGGAAUGAGCUGGUCCAGAAAGUUAGCAGGGAUUUGCUGAUCAAGGGGGAGAGGUUUUCUGCUGCUAAGAAACUCAGGGUAUAA